AAGAGGGUGAUUGUCGCAGGAUGGGCCGAGGUAUAUAAAGGGUCGGAGCAGGGUCCACGGCACCAGUGGUGAGCGCGGUGCCAUCAUGACCAACCGCACAGCCCUCAUGCUGCUGGCCCUGGCGGCGGCGGCUGCUGCAGCGCCGUACGGAGAUGCCGUUCCCCGUUGCUCCACGGAGUGCCCCGUUGCCGCGGCCAAGUUCUCCUUCAUUCCGGGGAAGACCUAUUCCUACACCUACACUGGAAAGUCGAAAGUUCAGCUGAAAGGUGUGGAAGGAGGUCUCGUGGAGACACGCUGGGAGAAAACUGUGCUGAUGACGUGGCUCAGCCCAUGCGACGUGGCACUCUCCUUCAAAGACACAAAGGUGGACGGCGAGGCCGGUCCGCCUGGCGCAAGCAUGCUGGAAAAGUACCCACUAGUGGUGGCUAUGACCGAUGGCCGAGUGCAGCGGGUGUGCAGUCAUCCCGACGACGACACCUGGGCAAUCAACAUGAAAAAGGGCGUCGCCUCGGCCCUACAGAUCAGUCUGCCGUCCCUCUCCACCAGCAACUCAGGACUCAACUAACG